AUGCUUCCUUGGGUCGCAAAAAAAAAAAUCAUGUCCAAAGGAAAGUAUUUUACAAACAAAGAAACUGGUGAACAGUAUCCGCUGGGCGGCUUUCAUCCAUCGUCGAGACCGUCAACAGCCAAAAAGUUUUCGUUAAUUCGAAAAUUUGGGGCUGCAGAAAUACCCCAAAAAGUGGAUUUACGUGAGGGGAUGACACCAGUCGAAACUCAAGGAACUUUACAAUCAUGUCUUUAUCUUUGUAGUGUCGGAAAUGCUUUAGCUGGUGCCUAUGAAUUUUUGAUUAAAAGAAACAGCGGUAAACAUGUUGAUGUUAGUCGUUUGUUUAUUUAUUACAAUGCUCGAGAGAGAGAUGGAAAUUGCUACGAUGAUGACGGAACAACAAUUGUGUCAGCCGUCGAAGCCCUAGAACAGCUUGGCUGUUGUAAGGAAGAAACAUGGCCUUAUGAUCCAAGUCGGGUCGGUCAAAAACCAACGAAGCAAGCUUACGAAGAAGCUAUGAGAUAUCGUUUAUCCGAGAAGAUAUUCGUCGAUACAGAAUUAGGCACCAUGAAAGCGUGUCUCGCUCAGGGUUAUCCGUUUGUGUUUGGAAUUCUGUUAUUUGAGUCAUUUGGCCAAGCAGAAACGAACGGAACGGUUCCUCUACCCCGAGAGAAUGAAAAAGAGGGUUCGAAUGGUCAUGGAUGGCACGCAAUGUUAGCAGUGGGAUAUAGUGAUAAAUCUAAAUGCUUCAUUGUCAGAAAUUCUUAUGGAGAGAAAUGGGGUGAUAAAGGCUACUGUUAUAUUCCGUAUGAUUACAUGACCAAUCCAAAACUUUGUCUAGAAGCGCAUGCUGUUCGAGCCGUGAGAAGAGACGAGCCUCAGACAGUGCAAUCAAAUACACUACCGUAUCCGAUAACAGAUCCUGUUUGGACAGGCACUUCUGCCCCACCGUUUUUACCCACUCUUCCAGCGAAUUGGGGAUGGAGUUCAAUGGACACCACCGAUAUUUACGGGUGGGACAAGAACAAAGCCAAUACCAAUUACUCAAUUGAGACAACAAAAAGAGAAGAAACAGAGAAGCAACCACAAACCUCAAAUGAUCCACACAUUCUGUGGAUUGAUAAUGAGAGUGAAGAUCCGCUCUGUCGACAUCUAAAAGCCGAAAGUGGUGUUAACAUUGCAUUUUGUGAGACAAUCGCGAUGGCUGAAGAAUAUUUAUCUAAAAAUAUUCAGUACAUUAAAAACUGUAGAUCAUUUCAAAUUGUUUGUCGUGGGUAUUAUAAGUCAGAAAACAAAAAUCCACUUAAUAUAUUACACCUAGUUGACAAAAAUCGAAUUUCUUGUUCGACGCCGAUUCUUGUUUACACGAGAGAUAAAAGUGGUGUUGAGAAAUGGUUGGCGCAAUCGCCAACUCAAGCUUGGCGACAGCGAUUAUUCAUAACGGAUAGUGCAGAAGCAGCAUUCAACCAUAUUAAAAAUGGUUGGAAGUCCGGUACAUCAUGA